AUGAAGAGAAGUGGUCGAUCUAAAACAAGUGUUACGCCUUAUACAAGAGUUCAAGAAAAUCUGGGUAAAUUUCGUGUUGUGGAUGGACUUUUAUUUUGCAACUUUUGUGAUCAUUCAAUAGAUUGGGCACGAAAGUCUACUGUUGAUGACCAUCUUAAAA